AUGGCGCCAAUCGAAGACGACGAUGAGAUGCCACAGCUCUCCGGCGAUGCUCUUGCCGCGCUGAAAGAAUUUUAUGGCGAGCGGGAUGCACGACAAAAGCAGUUUGAAGAACUAAAAGGCCAAGCCGAGGAUGACUUCGAAGGGAAGUUGUCCAUGGACGCCUUCACGGAAGACUGGAAUGCAAGUCAAUUUUGGUAUAGCGACGAGACCGCUAUGGUGCUUGCGCGACAGCUUCUGGAUGGUGCGACAGAUGAGACAAGGAUAGCAGUCGUGUCUGCGCCGAGUGCUUUCAUCCAGUUGAAAAAUCUACUGAACUCGGGUGAAGUCAAGUGCCGGCCGCAGAUCAAAUUGCUGGAGUUUGACGAGCGCUUUGCCGUCUUCAAAGAGUUCGUGCGCUACGACUUCGAGAAGGCGAUCCAACUACCAGCUGAGAUGAAGGCCUCAUUCGAUGUCAUCAUUUGCGACCCGCCAUUUCUAAGUCAAGAUUCUGCUUUGACCGUGCGAUGGCUAGCGAAGUCAUGGACGCAAGAUUCACUGCGUCUCAUUGUCUGCACUGGCGAGCGUAUGGAAAGCCUGGUUACAGACAAAUUAUACGGGAAAGUAGGAACCAAGACGACUGAUUACGAGAUCAAGCACGCCAAAGGACUGAGCAACGAGUUUAGAUGCUAUGCGAACUUUGAGUGCCCAUCGUGGAAGUGGGCAAAGUCAUGA